GCAUUUCGGUGCGCUUUUAUUUUGAAAGUCCAGCUUUCGCGCCUGCAAGUUGUUGGUUGUGCUGCUAACAACAGUGAGUUAAAGCAAGGCAGACUUUACGACUUUAGUUCUGGACUUUCUUCGUGUCUCUCAGGUGUCCACAGCAGCAGCAAUAACAACCUGGACAAACACACAUCGUGAAGGAGCUAACAACCGCCUUUACCCGCCUAAUGGGCUUGUGAACCUGCUCUGUGCUAGCUGCUAAGCUAACAGCUAAGCUAACAUGGCCGCCAACCCGCCCGGACCAGGCUUCCAGAACAAGACUCGGGUCGCCAUCCUGGCUGAGCUGGACAAGGAGAAGCGUCGCCUGCUGCAGAGCCAAACCAUGAACAGCCCCGGAACUAACAUCCCGCUGUCGUCCAGACCCAGCCUGAAGGAGGUGAGGGACAGCGCGGAGCAGCAGCACAUCGCUGCCCAGCAGAAGGCCGCCCUGCAGCACGCACACGUCCACUCGUCCGGCUUCUUCAUCACCCAGGACUCCUCGUUUGGGAACCUCAUCCUCCCGGUGCUGCCCCGGCUGGAGCCCGAGUUUUGACUCUGAAAACUGUCACAGACACUGAUAGGAGCUCACAAACCGUUGUUCUGUUUUUUAUGUGUUCUUAUCCUGUAAUUAGACAAUAAUUUAUAUUCUAACUGACAGACUAAAACAUGAAACUUGAACAUAAUAAGCCUGCUUGUAUCAGCAGGGGUUAGCACAGGGAAGCGUCGUCCUCAUGUAGAAAUGACAUCCCUACAUUAUCUCUACUGUCAUUAUACAGUCACCACCUUUCACUGCUCUAAUGAUGACUCUCAGACUGUGUUGACAUGUCUACUGCUAUAAUAACACAGUGGUUGCUCAGUGUCGCCCUGUGGGUCAAAAUUGACCCGUUUUAAAGUUUGAAAAUGUGGGGGGAAAAAAAAAUAUUUUCACCGUGAAACAUUUGAUGUCCACAUUUUCGGGAAUUUCUUUUUGCUUUUUUGGUGGAAAAAUGCAAAAAAAAACCCUAAGUUUCUUUAAGAACAUUCACAAAAAAAAUCAACCAAAAUCCAGCGAAAUUCACUGGAUUUUGAUGUGAGAAAGGAACUUAUCUUUUUGGUUUUUGGAGAGGUGAAAGUUUGUUUUUACACUAUGCACAGUAAACAGCUCUUACUCAAGCUCUUACGAUGAUUUAGAGUUUUACAAAAAUCACGUGUGUUAAUUCAGCCACACAAUCACUCAUUUGAAUAUGUACCAACACACAGGAAGUGUUUCAGCUACAUCUUUCCCCUCUAACAGAAAAGAUAUAAUCCUAUUUUAAUAAAUCAUACUGCAAUCAUGGACUGCAAAAAUGUUAUUUGGGGUACACGUGAGUAAGCGUGACCUUGUAAACAUGUAUGUUUAAAGGAGAUAGAUCUGGGUCUGUUUUCUACUGUUCUGUGUACCAAACUGAAGCAUGAUGGGAUCUCCGGUGGCAAUCAAAAUGUGCGUCACCUGAACUCAAUCCUGAGUCUGAAAAUGUCUUGUGUUGAUGCUGCUCUGCUGCAGUUUUUCUGCUUAAAUGAAAAAUUAACAAAAAACUUGACGUGUCUAAUUAGGGAUGGCUCGAUACCACUUUUUCACAUUGAUGCCGAUACUACCACCUCUUGCAUUCUUGGGGGAGUCCGAUUUUAAAUAAGGAGAUAUAAUGUUUUCUCAGUAAACAGUUAUUUUACUGACACAUGUACCACACUGAUGGAAUAUGAACAAUAUUUGGCAAUUACACCCUGUCCUGAUGUCCUCCUACCAGUGAAGCUGAGAGAAGCGCUGGAUCUCCCCUGAUGGCAUUUAGACACUGGUGGUGCGAAUGUAUGGAUGAGAAGAGGAGAGACCUAUCACCUAAUCAUAUUUAACAGGAAAACAUGUCUGCAAUUCGUGACUUAAUCACAUUUAGCUUCAAAAACCAGUAGAAAACAACAACAAAAAACAGUAAACGUACAACAGAAAAGCUGUUAAGUGGCCACAGAGUGAAACGUAAGGCGCGCACGUUCACGCAAAGGGGGAGUCAGAUUUUUACAUGCAGUAGUAAAAUACUACAACACCUGUUUGGUAGCCGAUAGCGUGGCUCCAAAUGUACCAAAUCUCGAAAACCCGCAUUUUCCCCCACACAAAGUGGUUGGUCAUCCAGCAAAAUGAACUCGACAAUUUCUUUUUAAAUUCAUUCUUUUCAAGCCACUUUAUAUUGUAUUGUAUUGCAGUGUGUCAAUACUGUAGUAUUCCAUCCUCACUUCUCUGUACAUAUUGUAAAUAUUGUUACUGCAAUUUUUAUUUUGCUUUUGUUUUGUUUUGAUUCGACGUCUAUUGCUGCUGUGUGAAUUUCCCCUGGUAUGGAGAGAAAUAAAGGACUUAUCUUCUCUGUUA